AUGUCUGGAAAUCAGGAGAAAGGAACGCCCAUGACGAGUGAUGAUGCUGCCCGCAUCCAAUCUGGCCAAGCACGCGGUGGCGGUGAUAUGUCGUCUGGCGGUUUUGCCGCUCGAGCCCAGGGCGCCGCAGCUCGGAACGAGAGCGCCGGCAUCACCUCCAGCAGCGGCCAGAGCGGUGGCUCCAGCACAAGUUCCAACCAGGGAAAGAAGUAG